AUGAAAAAAUCAUCGGUUUUAUUUUCAUUUAUUCUUCCAAUAUUGUUUUAUAUUAGCAUUGAAUCUAUAAUUCAAGUAAAUUCUUUAACUCAUAUAAAUGCAAAAUGUUGGGAUUAUUCAAAUCCAUUUAAACCAUGGGAGAAAGAUUCGUCAGUAUGCUAUUCACAAGGAAAAAAAAAGGAAAGGGAACAUUCAUUGGAUGAUAUAUCAAAUAAUAUAUUUCAGUUUGAUUAUAAUUGUAAUUUUCAAGAUUUUCAAGAUCGAAUCUCAUGUAAUAAAGUAAAAGAUGGAGAAAUGAUAAAAAAUUUAAUAAAUUUUAAUACACCAAUAAAAGUUAAUGUUACAUUUGUCACAAUAUCUUUACAAGAUGAUGAAAAUAAAAUAGUAAAACAAUAUCCGCAAGUAUUAGUAAAACAAUUUUUAUUAAAACCCGAACCUCAAUCAUAUUUUAAUUGUGAAAACAUUGUUAGUUUAGAUUUUCAAUAUAAUAUUUUAAGCGAACUUAUUCAAUCUUUCACAGGUUUGGAUAAUCAACUUAUCACUCCUGAUCCAAACUUAUUACUAGUAAAAAGUUCAAAUCAAGUAAAAGUUACAUCAUUAACUUCUAGUUUUAACAUUUUAUAUAUAUUCAUUAUUGCAUUAAUAUUUUUUAGUUAUACUUUUUAG